GAAGGUUAUUCUAAGCUUUCAAAUUGCUGCUAGAGAUGAGGCCUGUCUUUUGUGGAAACCUGGAUUUUGAUGCGCGCCAGUCUGAUGUUGAGAGACUCUUCAGAAGAUAUGGGAAAGUUGACAGAGUGGACUUGAAGUCUGGAUUACUUGGAAUGUCCAUGCUCUUCUUGGAUGGAUGUGCUUCUCUGCAUUUCUUUUCUAGAAUGUGCCCAAGCUUCCUCCUCUUGUAUUUUCCCAGAAGAAAUAAUCUGAUCCGCCCUAGCCCUGCCACUCUGCAUUCCCUCAGCAUUCAUUGCUUUUUCAUUCCUCAUGACUUUUGCUCAAUGUUCAAUUUCCGACAUGUUUCAACAUAGAAACUUGAUGGUUUCACCACAAUGGCAGGGUUUGCUUUUGUUUACAUGGAAGAUGAACGUGAUGCUGAGUAUGCAAUUAGAAGACUUGAUAGAACAGAGUUUGGUAGAAAGGGGCGCCGAAUACGUGUCGAGUGGACCAAGCAAGAACGUGAUAGCAGAAGGUCAGGUGAUUCAAGAAGAUCUUCUACUAAUAUGAGACCAUCAAAGACAUUGUUUGUCAUAAAUUUUGAUCCUGUUCACACGAGGACAAGGGAUCUAGAGAGGCACUUUGAUCCCUAUGGAAAAAUAUUGAAUAUCAGGAUAAGAAGGAAUUUUGCUUUUGUUCAGUAUGAAUCCCUGGAGGAUGCCACUAGAGCAUUGGAGGCAACUAACUUGAGUAAGUUGUUAGAUCGGGUUAUAACAGUGGAGUAUGCAAUAAGAGAUGAUGAUGAUAGAAGAAAUGGAUACAGUCCUGAUAGAAGAGGCCGUGACAUAUCCCCUGAUGGGAGAUAUGGUCGUGGUAGAUCACUUAGCCCUUAUCAUAGAGGUAGGGGUAGCCCAGACUAUGGCCAUGGAUCAAAUCCGACUUCCAGACCAGAACCAAGGGGAAGCCCUAAGUAUGAACGGAAUGAAAGCCCAUUAAAUGGAAGAUAUGACAGCCGAUCACCACCACCCCGCCGUCAGUCCCGAUCCCCAGGAGAAGUUGAAUAGAAUUGUCUUGGAAUAUGUUAGACCGAUUUUCAGUUUGGUUGUAGACUUCCCCCUGCAUCGCUUGCCAACAGAAAACUUUGCUUGUUUGUUGAGUGUAUGUAUUCUUAUAAAAUCGUUCUAAUUAAAAUCCUAAAUGUCAAAAGGUAUUAUAUGUUAUGUUUCUCUUGAUGUUUUAUGGGGAUUUUUGUAUUUGAUUUAUUUACUUCAAGCCACAGCAAAGUUGCGAUCUCUAUUGCUAAUGGUUUAGCCUUCGAGAUUGUGUAGUGACCUGGCUAGUUUUUAAUUUGGUGUUUAGACAUUACGAAGUGCUUUAUGAUUAUGAGGAGAUAGCUUGAGAAUGGUGGACCAUCUCAAGAAUUUUCAUGUGCAAA